UAAUUAACUUUGCAACAAAUUUAUCAAGGCAUAAACUAGUUCAUGAUAUGACAAAUUCGAAUUUAUUAUAUCAUAAACUAGUUCACAAAGAUAUAAGUAAUAUAAGUGAUAUAGAAAGCACAGAUAAUUCAGAUGAUAUAUUAGAUACGAGUAGCACAGAAGAUGAAAAUAAUACUGAUGAUAUAAUGGAUAUAGAAGAUGCAAAUAAUAUAGAAAACUCUGAAAAUAUAGAAGUUGCAAACACAAUGAAUAUUAUUACUAAAAUGCAAUCUUCAUAUAAUCUAGCAACAGACUAUAUAGAAGAAAAAAAAAUAGAAAAUCAAGUUGUUGCAAGAAUUUGUAAAGUUGAAGGAUGUGAAACAAUAUAUAGUGCUACUACAUCUACUGGUAUUUUAAAUAAACAUCUUAAAAAUAAACAUAAUAUUAUACUUAAUUUAAAAACCAAUUGUUUAUAUUUAUCUCAAGAACUAUAUAGUAAAAAAGAUAUUAAAUGUAAACAAGAAUGCUUUAAUGCUACUGUUGAUCUUAUAAUUGGUGCAUAA